AUGACUCUCAGCCCCUGCUCAAACUACACUCCCCAGGACUUUGUGAAGAGGAGUCUUCCUUGGUGGCUGCCCGCUGUGGAGGAGUGGAAAACGGACAUCCUCAGCUCAGCUGCCAUACUGGUUCACUGUAGCAACCCAGAAUGGGGCCAGGAAGAUGAGGAGGAGGAGCCAGGAGGAAGAGCCAUUAUUGUGUUCUUCUUGUCACCCGCAGCCAUCCAGCAACCAGAUGUGGGCGCCCUGGAAAACCAGGCCGUAGAGGACGCCUGCAGGGAUGCAGGCAGCCCAAAGGUGGAGCAGAAUGGUGUCCUCCUGGAUCCAGCAGAUUAUCCAGGGCACUGCGCUUUCCUCGGCAGCCUUCUUGCAGUGCCCAACAACUGGAUGGAAAUAACAGCUGAUUUCCUGAGCGACGCUUUCAGGAAGGUUUUAGCAGAAAUGCAGUGCCUGGACAGUUACGUGUCCCUGGCCAUUGAGGACUACCUGAUCCAUUACCUAAGCCGGCACCGGGGAGAGCUCCGCGGUGCAGGUUCUUUCCCAAAUGCUGCCGUUUUCCUGGCCUGCAGCAUCACCAAAAAGGUCAUCACAAAACUAUGCCACGCCUCCGAAAGGAUCGAUUCUGACUCCCUCCCCGAGCGGGACAGCAGAGGAGUCGAAAUAAUGCACGAGGACUCCCCAAACCAAGAAACCCGCAUUUAUGAUGUCUUCAGAGCGUGGGGCCCCGUGGCCUAUGAAGGAGCAUUGGUGACAGCCUCUGAAGUGGUGGAGGUCAUAGAGGAAGUGCUCGAGGAGUUUUCAGCUUUCCUCGAGCACAGGAUACCUGUCAGCUCAGACCUGUCUUUCGGGGACUGUAGGCGGAACCAGCCAGAGCCACGCAGGUCCCCUCCCCACUACUCACGGCGUCCGUUCCCCUUCCAGGAGGUCAGGGUGCCCAUCUACACUCUUGAGGCCCACGCGGAAAAAGUGGCCAUCGCACUCCUGCAAAUGAUGAAGCGGUCAUUCGACCAGAUGAUGACAUCUGCUGCCAUCCGGCAAAGCCUAUUCUUUGAAAGCCAACUGAUAGAUCUGAUCCUAGCAAACUUCCGACCCUUCGAAGACCUUUGGGACAUGCUGCGGCAGAUACAGCCAAGCCCUCCUUCUGCUGCAGCAGACAUCGGAGAGUGGCAGGGGACACCUCCCGGGGAAGAUGGGCCAAGAGCGUUCAGUGCGCAGGGGAGUGAAGAUGCGGCAGCAGCAGGAGAAGCAUCACCCAGUGAGCCAGCUCCUCCCCUCGGGGACGUGGAUGGACGUGCUGCUCCCACGCCGCUGGAGGAAAUUCUUCUCUACUCUACCCCCAGCGUCAGUCUCGACGAGACAUCUUCAGUUAUCAGCAUGUCACCUACUCUUGACUCCGAAGAUGCGUUCUGGGUUCAGGAAAGCAUCCGCCAAGUCAGGAAGGGGCUGAGUAACAUCAUUGUUGGGCAAAGUAAGAACAGGAAUCUCAGUCACGGGCAAAUUCCUGCCUUCCACUCCCCUAGCCCGUUCAUGGAUAGCGGCCAGAUCUGCGCACAUGUGACAAGGAAGGCCACGCCAGCCUGGCUCUUCUUCCCAGGCUGCUGGGACCCAUCGUAG